AAAAGAGUUACGUCCCUUCCUACAGAGCUCUUCAGUGUUGGAGGAUCGACAUGGAAACCUAACAAUAUGGCUGCCAUUUCUCAUCAAUAAUGUAAACAUCGGAUUAAAAGUAACCUUGUGGCUCUAUUGGAUGAGUUGACGAAGUUUUGGUUGAUGAAACGGGGCACCACAAGAUAAAGGAAAGGUCAAAUAAUGGCGGAAACAGAAAUAAAGGGAAGGAAAAAAUACUCCUCAAGUGAAUGGAAGAAACUGACUCCACAAGAAAAAAGCCGCUAUUUAGCUUAUGAGGAACCAUCAAAAACUAUCCAAGAAACUCAGUUACAGUGCAAAAAAAGAUUGAUAGAAUUACGGAAAGAGCAAGAAUUAAAAAAUGCACCUCCUAAAGAAGAUGAAUUAAUGGAAAAAGAGAAACAUGCAAAAUUAAUAGGACAAUUAAAGGCAGCAGAAGCCAGAAAUAGAUUAAGAAUUAUGAGAUUAAGAUAUCAAGCCAACAGAGCUCAAGAAGUCAGCCAUUUGAUAGCCUGUCAACCCAGUGCUCUGAAAGCUGUUCGACUUCAAGCUCUCGUGCCACCAUAUCCUGAUACUAAAAGCAGGAAGAACAAGAUGGACAAGCUAGAUAUGGAAAGAGUUGAAAUUUUAUUGGAGGACACGAAAGGAUUAAUAACCAAUAGAAUCCAUUGACACUUUGUGAUCACAAGUAAUAGACAUGUUUCGCACAAAACAUUUCACAUCACUAUACUUUAAAAACGAGGAUAAAUUGCCUCAUUCGAUACUGUGAUAAAAAGUGUAUUUACUGAUCAUCUUCUCGGAUACUGAGGAAUCUUUUAUAGGAAUCGUUAAGAAUGUGUGUGUGAAUCUUUUUUUUGGACAGUGUUGAAUGAAAUAGAAACCAGAAUUAUGAACAGAAAUGGAAAAACCUGGUUUAAGAAUUUUAAGAAGAUUUUACCGUACAAUAUUGUAUACGAGAACCCCUUGGGAUAUUUUAUGUAUGCUAUAUAUAUUUACACUAAUAAAUUAUCAUAAAAAAUU